AUGCCUCCCGCGAAGGUCUCCCGUGUCUCCAGCCACGGAGGCGUCAAGAAAACCACUCCUGUGAAAUCCAAGCCGAAAGCGCCCGUCCCAAGCCCAGCCCGGAAGAGUGAAGCAUCGAGAUCAAAAUAUUGUGAGAAAGAGGAAACACGCCGCAGCUAUGAUUAUGGAAUGUACGCCUCUGCGAUAGACCGAUCAGACUGUACCCCCGGAAAGAAGAGCACCUCCACCGCAUCGAAGAAAAAGAAAAGCGAACAGGUCGACGAGAAGCGAUUGCGCAGAUAUAGAAGCAAGCCCCCAGCUUCCUUCCUCGUGAAGCUCGAGCGGGCCCAGAACCAACGCAUGAUUGUGCUCGGUCGCAAUCGCAAGGGGAGAGCAGGGGUUCCGUCGGAAGAUAUCGACAUAGUCGGUUCGACCGGCAACAUCUACACCGUCACUGUCAGCCACCUGCCCGCCUGCACCUGUCCUGACUCGCUAAAAGGCAACGAAUGCAAACACAAGGUCUACGCUCUAAACACCGUCCUCAAGGCGCCUCUGCAUCUCCAGUACCAACUCGCCUUGCUGACAUCAGAGCUGGAAGAAAUCUUUGCCCAUGCGCCUCCAAUUCCUACCGAUCUUUGUCGGAACGCGAAGGGCAACCGUAAGCCUAUUGAUGGAGAGUGUCCGAUCUGCUACAUGGAACUCGACGAGGGGCACAACGAGCUGGUCUGGUGUAAGGCGCAAUGUGGGCACAACAUACACAAAUCAUGUUUUGACCAGUGGGCCAAGUGUCAAGCGGGAAAGGGUGUCCUUUGCGUCUACUGUCGGACACCCUGGGAGGUGGACAUCUCGGACGUUGAUGCCAUCAAAAGGACUGGCGAACAUACCGAAGACGGCUACGUCAAUGUUGCUACCCACUUUGGCAUGUCCACCGCCAGAGAAUACUCGAGCUAUUACCAGCCUUGGGUGCGAAGCAGAUUUGGGUAA